UCAAGAUCCUCCGACGCAACAGAGAUGGCACACCUGGUGUUAUUGGUGCUGGCGGUGCUGGCGGCCAACGCUUUAUCAGCCGACGUGCAGAACGGUGACGCCGAGCGCACUAAAAAGGCAGCCGAGGGCGAUGCGACGGCUGUGCCGUCGUCAGCGGCGUACAGCCCCUAUUACGCUGGAGCUGCUGACCGCUACAACGCCGGAGGCUACCCCUACAACCGCGCCGCAGUGGGCUACCCUGGUGCCUACCCGUACAGUGCUGGAGUCGAUCCCUACAACCGGGCAUCGUACCCUUACAACGCUGCAGCUACAGGUUUGCAGGGCAGCUACCCGUACAACACGGCAGCAUAUCCUUACAAUGCAGUUGGUAAGGGUAUUGCAGGUGCCUAUCCAUACAACGAUGGCACCUACCCUUACAAUGUAGCUGGUAAAGGUGUCUCAGGUGCCUAUCCCUACAAUACUGGCGCUUACCCGUACAACGCAGCUGGGAAGGGCGUCGCAGGGGCCUAUCCCUACAACACUGGCACCUACCCUUACAAUACAGCGACCACACCAUAUCCAGGCUCAUAUCCUUACAACACUGGUACCUACCCGUACAACAGAGGCGCCUACCCAAAUACCGCCAGUGGCUACCCAGCUGCCUAUAACUCGGCAGCCUAUCCGUACACCGCUGGUACUGAUGGUUACCAGUCUGCAGCUGCCAGCUACCCUUACAACACGGCGGCGUCUCGCUUCGGCGCUUAUCAAAACAACUAUGGGACAUCAGCUGACGGCUCAUACAGGAGUGGAAAAGUCUAUUAAAUUCAGCUCUUACGACAGUCAUAACGCAGUUUCCUGUUGCCUUGCAUUUUCUUAACAGUUCUGCUUUUCGCUCGCAAAAAAAGAGAUUAUCUAAUAUAAAUGCAUUUGUCAAUAAGAAAACUGUUGCUCAUCAUUUUCUAAUAAUAAAUAACUGUGGAGAACA